AGUAUACGACUAGACGCAACUUCUUUCGGUUAUGGCCUUUCCCUCUCUCGUUUCCGUUUCCCACUCUCAUCCCCACCACCACCGCCACCUUUUCUUCUCUCUCCUCCACUCUUCUAUUUACUCUCCCGCUCCAAAACCCCUCACUCUCUCUCUCCUCCUCUCUCUCUCGCUCUCGCUCUCGCUUUCGCUUUCAUACAUACACUUAUCAGUCUCUCUGUCUGUAUAAAUUAUUAUUAUUAUUCUUUCAUUUAUGGGUUAUCUCUCUUGCAAUGCCGAGUCUGCGAUCUCCGUUUGCGAUCCUCACAACUGGGACUUACCCAGAAAACACAAGUCCAAUAAUCUCCACAAACCCAACACCAAAUCCUUUCAGAUCAGAGAGUUCUCUCACUCCGAUCUCUUCUCCGCCACCAAUUCUUUCUCAGUUGACACCUUUCUCGGAAAGGGCAGUCACGGCUCCGUCUACAAAGCCUCCCUCGAUGACGGCGAGCUCAUCGCCGCCGUCAAAAAAACCACCACCACAUCAUCGGAAACUAACUGUACGACCAGUCCCGCAGAGAACGAGAUCGAAAUACUCUCCCGGGUUCGGAGUCCUCGCCUCGUGAAUUUAAUCGGGUUCGGCGUUGAUUCGGAUAAUAGGAAACUAAUCGUAGUUGAAUUCAUGCCAAACGGGUCCUUGUACGAUUUGCUUCAUAAUAGCACUAGACCGCCCGGUUGGAGGAGACGAGUCCGGUUCGCUUUGCAGAUAGCGAAGGACCUUCACUUAUCUAACCCGCCGGUGAUUCACAGAGACAUAAAGUCAUCCAACGUGUUGAUCGACGAUGAAUGGAAAGCGAGGCUCGGUGACUUUGGCUUAGCUUUGAGAGGACACGUGGAGGACGUUCGGGUCAAGUGCACGCCACCGGCGGGGACGUUAGGGUACCUCGACCCCGGCUAUCUUGCGCCUGGGGAUCUCAGUACCAAGAGUGACGUGUUCAGCUUUGGAAUAUUGUUGUUGGAGAUUAUCAGUGGCCGAAACGCCAUCGACAUGAACUACAGUCCGCCGUCGGUGGUGGACUGGGCGGCGCCGCUCAUUCGCGGCGGUGAUUACGCCGGAAUUUGCGACCCAAGGAUCGGGCCGCCGGAGGACGCGGCCGCGAUGCGGCAGCUGGCGGUGUUGGCAGCCAGGUGUGUCAGGUCUACGGCGGAGAAACGGCCGGAAAUGUCUGACGCCGUGGAUUGCUUGAGGGCGGUAAAUAAGAGAGUGUCGUCGCCAAUUUGGAACAACCUAGGGCGGCGCGUGGGGCAGCGCGUGUGCAAUUCGUCGCAGUCGAUUAAAUACGAGCCGUUGGAUGAUAGCAUGGAGAUCUGCAAGGGUUCCUCGAGGGUUGGAAGUAGAAAGAACAGGAAAGUAUCCAGUGUUACGGGUGUAGAGUCAGGAAAGGAAGUUAUUGUUAUUGGUUCGAGUAAGAAUGAUCGUGUGGCUCGAUCCAAAUCUGUGGGGUCAGUGCAUGAGAUGAAAUUGGGGCCGUUGGAUACAAAUCUUGGUGGGAAUCAGGUGGGAUUAAUCAGGAGGAGGGCAGGAUUGGCUGUGAAGAUGCCCAUGGUAAGACUGAGCAAGUCAAGAUCAAUGGGAAUGUUGCAGAGCUCGAGGCUUGUAAACAACAAUGGAGGAGGGUUUGUGGUACAGCUUGUGAGGAACCCUAAUUGUGGAGAAUUGGAAUCAUCCAAAUUGUUAAUUAAUUUAGAAAAAAAAGGCCCUGAAGGAGAAACUAUAUGAGAAAAGAAUUGGUUUUGAUUAAAUUUUUUAAUAAGACUUUAUAAAGUUUUAAUAAAAUGAAGUCUUAUUAAAAAAUUUAAUUUAAAACAAGGUCGUAUUGACGAAGGACAUUAAUUUUAAUUUUAUAUAAAUUGCAUAUUGUAAGGGGCUUUUUAAACAGCAUAUUGUAGCAUUGAUAUAUAUGUUUCUAUAUAUAUCUUUUGUAACUUUAAAGUUCAAUCUACAAUGAUUUUUGUCAAUCUA